AUGAAUUUUAGACGUAUUUUGUCGAAAAGUUCUUUGAAGUCUUCGUCAUCUUCGGAAAAGAGCCAACCGGAAGAAGUCACAAAAUUACAAAGUGAAAUUGAAUUAUUAAAGCAAACAAUCGAUUCUUUGAAAGUCUCAAUAGAAAGUAGAGAUGCGGCCAUAGGUACACUAGCUCGUGAAAAAGAGAAAAUAUAUGUUGAACUCAAAAGUGCUCAAAGAACAAACAGGAACUUACAUCAACAACUUGUAGAUGAAAGGGACAUACAUUCUAAGGAAAAGGAUUUUCUCAUAAAUGAGAUUAAAAGAUUGACCAAAAGAAACGAGAAUGAAACGAAUGCUCAAGAUAAUAGAGAUCAAUUCGAAGAUCAAGUGAAGAGCGCAAUAAGCGACGAGUUAAAAGCUAGAGAUGAAGUAAUUUGUAACAUUGGUGCUAAGUAUUUAAAAAUUAAAACAAGCAAAACACUUUUCCAAAAAAAAUUUGAAAAGUUGCAGGCUCAGAAUAAGAAGACGUGUGAAAAUAUUAUAUUAUUGCUACAAGAUAAUAGAAAAACUUUGGAUAGUCUUUUAGAUAAGUUGCUUAAAUCAUCUUCGAUCUCUCCGAACAGUCGAAAAUAUUUAAAACUGUUGCAAAUCAAUGCCAGCUUGCACUACGAAAACACUCAACUUAAGAUAUAUUUAUCAUCUCAUCAAGAUCGUACCAGCAAUGUAACACAAGAGCCCUCUAACAAAUAUUGUUCUAUUGGUAAACAAACGACUUCUGGAACCAAAUCCGAGGAGAAAAUGAACCAUCUUUCAAUAAAUUCAAUGAUGAAAUUAUUAAACGCCCAUGAAUUUGAAAGUCUUAAGAGUUUCAAAUAUAUUCAUAAAACUUUUUCUCCAAAUAUUCGAGGUACGAUUUAUAGGUCAGUUUCAGAUUCAUGUAUCGUGAGAUCGACUAUAAGUGAAUUAUGCUAG